UAUUUGCUUGAUGAUGCCCAGCAGAUAAGCCAGGCAAACCUCGGUGUGAUUGAAGAAGCCAGUUUGAAACUCAGCCUAGUUCAGGCAGACUCCUGACUAGCACCUGCUGCUCCAAGCGAUUCUCAGAAUGAUGGUGUUCGCAUUUUGGAAGGUCUUUCUGAUCUUAAACUGCCUUGCAGGUCAGGUUAGUAUGGUGCAAGUGACCAUCCCAAACACUUUCGUGAAUGUGACUGUUGGAUCUAAUGCCACUCUUCUCUGCCUUUAUACCACCACUGUGAAGUCCCUGGACAAGCUUACAAUCCAAUGGUCUUUCUUCCACAAUAAGGACACGGAGCCAGUUUCUAUUUUCUACUCUGAAGGUGGACAAGCUUCAGCUAUUGGGCAAUUCAAGGACAGAAUUAUAAGGUCGACUAAUCCAGGUAAUGCAUCGAUCACCAUUUUGCGUAUGCAACCAGCGGACAGUGGAAUUUACAUCUGUGAUGUCAACAAUCCUCCAGAUUUUGUCGGCAAAAACCAAGGCAUCCUUGACGUCACUGUGUUAGUCAAACCUUCCAAGCCCCUUUGUACCAUCCAAGGAAGACCAGAAGCAGGCCACCCUAUUUCCUUGUCUUGCUUCUCUGCCUUUGGAACGCCAUCUCCCGUGUAUUACUGGUAUAAGAUUGAGGGAAACACCAUUGUGCCAGUAAAAGAAAAUUUCAACUCGGCCACUGGAGUUUUGGUUAUCGGAAAUCUGACAAAUUUUGAACAAGGUUAUUACCAGUGCACUGCCAUAAACAGUCUUGGCAAUAGUUCCUGUGAAAUUGACUUAACCUCUUCACAUCCAGAAGUUGGAAUCAUCAUUGGGGCCUUGAUUGGUGCCCUGAUAGGUGCUGCUGUCAUCAUCUCUGUGGUGUACUUUGCAAGGAACAAAGUUAAGUCACAGCAAAGGAAGAGGGACUUAACCCCCAGCACGGAACUUGAACCAAUGACAAAGGCAAGCCAUUCCCGAGACAAUGAAACGAUUCCAGCUGAAAACAUCCAGCUAGAAGCCGCUCUACCAUCUUCCAUCCAUGAUGCCCACAACACCGAACCUACUACUGCCAUUGUAGAGCCAGAAUAUGAGCCUAACCCCCAGCUUGAAAGUACCACACAGCCUGAUCCUGAACCAGAGCCUAUGCCAGUGUCUGAGAUGGAGAUUCAGCUAGAGCCGGAGCUGGAGGUGGAGCUGGAGAUAGAGACGGAGCCUGAGCUUGAGCCUGAGCUCGAGCCUCAGCCUGGAAUUAUAGUUGAGCCUCUGCGUGAGGAGGAAAAAAAAUCCAGUUAAGGCAUAGGCAUAGAUAGGUAUGGCCUUAAGUGUGUUAGUUCUUACUUAGGAACCUAUUCCUGGCCUUUAAAAUUCGGUGGACUUAACCAGCCUCCAGUUUGUCCUUCCAUCAUGGACAACCCUCAUCUAACAACGUUGCUAAUACUCACCAUUAAUCCAAAAUAAUAAAGGCAAUUACUAAAGAAA